CGAUUAAAUUAACUAAUUAGUGCAACUACAAUUAGUAUUUAUGUGCUAAACCAACGAAACAAAAGCCGCGGCACAAACAGCAACAACAACAACAACUAACAUUCAAAGCAACAGUUUAGCUCCAGCUGUCUUUAGCCAUGGAUGAGAUGCCCGAUUUGUCGCAUUUGACGCCACACGAGCGCAUGCAGAUUGAGAAUGUCCUUAUGCGGCAGAAACAGGAGGAGGACCAACAGAACGAGAUAAUGCGCCGCAAGCAGGACGAAGUUGUCACGCUGGAGAUGCAAAUCAGGCAGCGAUCCGAGCAGCAAAAAAAGGCCGGCGUCGAACUAGAUGCCACCUGUCACAUUUGCCUUAAGACCAAGUUUGCCGAUGGCGUUGGCCACAUUUGCCAUUAUUGCAAUAUUCGCUGCUGUGCUCGCUGCGGCGGCAAAGUGACGCUGCGCAGCAACAAGGUAAUUUGGGUGUGCAUUCUGUGCCGCAAGAAACAGGAGCUGCUCUCAAAGACGGGCCAGUGGAUCAACAAAACCGCGGUGCAACAAGAUGGUUUCAUCAGACGCAUCGAGCCCGAUGGCAGCAGCGACAUCUCGCAGCAGGCCAUUGUGGAUCCGCACGAUACGACGGAUAAGCGGCCCAAGCUGGAGCGGACGCGCAGUGCCGCCGAGAAGGAGAACUUGCCCAUGCAGCGAGCUGGCAGCAUGUUGCGUCGCCAGUACUCACAGCAAGAGCAGCCCACGAAUCGUCGCCUCUCCAUCUCCGACAGCGGCAUGGAGCCCAUGAGUCCCGGCCAGCAGCAACAGCAGCAGCAGCAGCGGCAACGCAUGCAGCCAAUGAACCCGCAGCAGGCACAACAAUACCAACAGCAGCAGCAACAACAACAACAGGGCUAUGGUCAGCAGCAUCCGCAGAGAUCGGGAGCCUAUCCCGAGGAUGAUCCGCGUUACUAUCAGGGCGAAUUGGACGGAUUAAUGCGACAACAUCCACAUCUGGCGCAUCCUAGCCAGGUGCCGCAGCAGUCACAUUCACAACAGCAGCAACAACAACCGCAGCAACAGCAGCAGCAACAACACAUGGCGCAGCAGCAGAGACAGGCACCCCAGCAACAGCAGCAGCAACAACUCACUGCACGGCAGCAACACCUACAACAGCAGCAACAACAACAGCAACGUCAGCAUCAACAUCAGCAGCAUCAGCAGCAGCAUCAGCAGCAGCAGCAGCAACAGCAACAGCAACGAAUGCCGCCACAACAACAGCAGCAACAGUCGUAUCAAGGAGCAGCAACACACGCACAAAUCCAUCAGCAACCUGGCCAAAUGAGUGGUGGGUAUCAAAAACCACCGCCACUGACCCGCAAUCUGACGAUCAGCGGGGGACAUGCAAUGGAUGCCACCUCCUAUAAUCAGCAGCAGCAAGAGCAGCAGCAGCGCCGGACAUUAGCCGGGGCGCAGUAUGCGUCACAGCAGCAGCGAUCCUUCAGCAGCUCCGAGGAGGAGUUCCAGAGUCAUCUGAUGGCCGCACAGGCGCAGUCGCAGUCGCAGUCGCAUACUGUGAACGCUGGCAGCGAUUAUGAUGGCGGCCGUCUACAAGUGCGUAUCACGGAACCUUGGCGCCAGCAGCGCAGUCUCAACGAGCGCGAUCUUCUAACCGUCGGUGGCUCCUACAAUACGAGUGACUACCGCCUGCUGGGACAUACGAAUCAGCGGCUCUACUCCUCGGCAGAUCAGCGUGAUCGCUACGAGCUGCAGCUGCAACAUCGCGAGCGAUUGGAACAAUAUCCGCUGACGAGAACAGCAAGAUUGGAUGUGCAGCAGCGCAACUCGCUGAAUCGCAGCAAUCACGAACGAGCAGUUGGCGUUGCUGUGGGAGCUGGCGCUGCUUCGGGUGUUGGUCUUAUUGGUGGUGGCGCCUAUCGUCGUGCACCGCCCUUGGCCGCGGCCAGCGGCUGUGCCGGCGGCAGCAGCAGCAGCAGCACCAGCAGCAGCUACUAUCCACAGACACAUCACAACAAGCCGCAAAUUGUAAUUGGUUCCGGUGCUGGAGUGGGUGUUGCAGCGGGUGCAAGUCUGGGUAUUCCCUAUGAGCGUGGCGCCAUGUCGGCGACAUCUAACGGUUCAGCCAGGGGCAGCCUGAGUCGAGAACGGGGACUGCUUGGCGCUGGCGGAUCUAGUGGUGGCGGCGGUGGGGGCAGCAGUUCACUGAGCUCCACAGAGGCUGCCUAUUGGGAUGAGCCGACGGGCAGCACAUCCUCAUCAUCGGCCGCGCAGGAUUCGCGUCGAUUCACCGAGCGUAGAAUAAAGAAGACCGUACGCUUCGAUGCACACGAUGAUGAGUCGUCAACGCUGCUGGGCAGCACAGCCGCUACAUCCGGCAGUCUGGGCACACUGCCGCCGGUUACAACCAUCCUGCCCUCGACGGCCGUUGAUGUGGGCGCCGCAACGCUCCUGACGAGUGCCAAGCUGCAACAGCCGCUGGACGGCGACUGGGCGCGCUGGGAUGCCGAGCGACAGGGUAGUCAGGACUCGGCCACCAAAGACUCGGGCAUCGAUACGAGCAGCACAUUUACAAGCAGCGAGGACUCGAACCGUGGCGAUGGCCCCAAGAAUCCGGUGAAUUGGCAAACAUCCGCGGAUAAUACCCGCAUGAUUGGUCACAUGAUAUUACGUAAAUACUAUGAUGGUGAAGAUAUAUUAGGCUUAAAGGUGAACGGCGGUCAGCCCAUCGGUAUCGGAGGCCCAUGUGGCGCCAUUGUGGAGAAGGUGAAACGCGGUUCGGUGGCCGAUCUUGAGGGCUGCAUACGACCAGGCGACGAGAUCAUCGAGUGGAACGGACGCAGCUUGCAUAAUAAGAGUGCGGAUGAGGUCUACGAUAUUAUUGACGAGAGUCGACUGGAUGCACAAGUGGAAUUGGUUGUCUGUCGAUCGCUGCUGUUGCCCACAGCGGACAGCAGCGGCGCCAACAGCUGCAACGUUAGCCCCAGCAGUGCCUGCUCCAGUUCGAACAGCACCCGACGCUCCUCGGCCAAUUUUCCGCAUAGCGGUUUGGCGAGCAGCAUGGCUGGCAGCGCGGUCGUCAGCAGCGGAGGGCGUUAUCUUCAGCGUAAAGCGACUGGUGUUGAAACGCUCGAAUUGCAUCGGGAUAAGCCGAGUGUAUUGAUAACCUCGCCCGGUUCACCGGAUCUGCACGUUGGUGGAGCGGGCAACGGAUUGCGGCACCGUGGCGCUGUCACACAUCAGACCCAGCGUCUGGACACUGCGAGCCACACGAGUCACGGCCACAGUCACGGUCACAGUCACAGUCACAGCAAUUACAGUCACAGCAGCAGCGGCAGCGGCAGCAGCAGCAACAGCAGCGCCACAUUACAAGCCGCCGUUGCGGUCGGCCUGCACGGCACAACGACGGCGGGCCACCAUCACCAUUGUCAUCCCGCAGCGCCAUCACCACCAUCGCACGCGCAUCCGCAUCCGCAUCCGCAUUCACAUCCGCACGGACAUCCGCACGGACAUCCUCACGGAUACAGCCAUUCGCAUGUGCCGCAUCAUGGCACGGGCAUAACGACACAGCCGAUACCCAUCGAGGGUCGGCUGCAGCUGAAGCUUGGCUACGAUCAGACCACGCUACAACUGAUCGUAACGCUGGUGUGCGCAACGGGUCUAUCGUUGCGCCAGAGCGGCGCCGGUCGCAAUCCCUAUGCAAAAGUGUUCCUUCUGCCCGAUCGCAGCCACAAGUCGAAGAGGCGAACGAAAACCGUCGUCAACACCUGCGAACCGCGCUGGGGUCAGACCUUUCUGUACUCGGGUCUGCGACGCUCCGAUCUUAAUGGUCGAUUGCUCGAGGUCACGCUGUGGGACUAUGUCCGCUAUGGCGCCAACGAUUUCACCGGCGAGGUGGUCAUUGAUCUGGCCCAUCACAUACUCGACGACGAGGCCGAAUGGUAUCAGCUGCAGCCGCAUCAGGACACCUCCCAUCUCUUACGUGACGAGGGCAGCGAUGUGGACGGCCUGAUACUGACACCGACAGAUCAUUUAUCACCGCCCAGCACGAUGUCGCGUCUCAGCGAUUCGGACACAACGUCCGAGUGCGACAUCGAUGGAAUGACGCCCGGUGCCAGCAUAUCAUCCAUGGGCAGCUCCAACAGUCCGCCACUGCUCGAGCUCGAUCUAAACGAGCGUCGCUCCAGACGUGACAUGUCACCCCAGGGCCGCAAGCGGGUGGCCGGCAUGGUGGCACGAGAUUAUCGCACUGUAUCUGGCAUUGGACAAAGUUAUCACAAUCAGGCUUCUGCCACAGGGUAUUAUCGGCGAGGCGGUGGUAAUGGUGUCGGCGCUGCCAUCGGACCAGGUGGCAUGAGCCUGAGCCAACGCAGUCACUCGGCAGCACCCAGCGAUAAUUAUCACAGUGCCGGCGGUCAUUCAGGCGCCGGUGGACAUCCGGGCCCAGGCUACGGCUACAGGAGCAGCAGUCCACGGCGAGGAUCGCUGUCGCCGCCAGACGAUCGCUACAUUGACUAUCCAGUGCUUCCAAUACACGGCUCACCAGCAGCUGCAGCAGCGUACGCGGCCAACGGAGCUGCUGCUGCUUCAGCGGCACAGGCGACACAGCAACAGCGAUUCCAGUCCCGAUCAGCGACUGCCACGCCCACGGGAUCGCCCAAGAAGCGACAACUGCCACAGGUGCCACAGACCUCUCGCAGCGCAAUGUUGCGGGAUCGACUUGGUCAGGACUUUGACGAGCGCUUGGCCUCAGGCAGCCGUUUCGGCCGGCAUCGGACAAGGCAGCCGCAUCACCAGGCUACAUACCGCAGCACUGGCAUGGGCGGCUGGGAGCGUCACUAUACCGGACUUUCGGACAGUGAUCUGCAAUCGAUGGAUGCGCGGAUGAGGCCGCGGCACUCGCUGUCGCCGGACAAGGACUUUAUGGGAGAAUUCGGUGACUCGGACAUGGAGUCGGUGGUCAGUGUGACAUCGAGUGCCUUCUCCACGCAAUCGGAACGGCCGCGCACCUCGCGCGGACUCAGCUUUCCACGCAACUGGCGCAACCUUUUUGGCGCCCCAACUAGCGGCCCAGUGACUGGCCUCAAAUAUUAUCCCGCUGAGCAGCAGCACCACCAUCGCGCCAACACCAUCGAGGUGGAUGAUUGCGACUAUCUGUCCAACGGUCCAGCUGGCACAGAGCAGCAACUGUUGUUGCUGGAGCAGCUCGAGCAGCUGCAACAGUUGGCUGCUUUGGCCGCCGCCGAUUCGCCACCCAAUACGGCACUAUUGGGUGUUGCUGCACCACCACCACCACUCCCACUGCCAAUGAGCACACAACAUGUGCUCGUGACGGACACGAAUAGCGGCGAACUGAUCGAACAGUUUUUCGUAGAACCGGCCCUAAUGGCCGAGGAGGAGCUGCAGAUCAACGAACACAAACCACAUCAUGAACCACAUUUGUCACAUACGCAUUGCGUUUACUAUUCACCACAUUUGCCGGUGUCAGACAUUUACCAACACCAACAACAACAACGACGCCACCACCACAACGGACGCCAGCUCGCCCCCGCCACUACCACCAAUGCAACCACCACUCAUGCGCUGCUGCCGCCUUCGCUACAGCUGAACAGCUUUGAUCAAUUCAAGCGCCUCAACAACACAACCACCACCACGUCACCCGUCAUGAAUCUCUUUCGCAGCUCCACAAAUGCAGUGCCCGCCCAUGAUCAUAUCCACGCCCACACUGUGUCAUCCUCGCCCAGCUCGUAUGUGGGCUAUGUGCGGGAUCAUCUGGACAAGAGUUGCAGUCACUGUCAGAAUGGCAGUCAACCGGUCGUACUGUCCACCAAUACAGCACUGUCGACGCCAGGACUGGCAAUCGGUGCCUGUUCGGAUCCAUGCUGUCUGGCCGAUGCGCAUCCCCAUCCGCAGCAUCAGCCAAUCGCAUAUCCCUAUACGGCGGAGCAACUGUUGCGUCGCCCCUCGCUCUCCAUGUACCAGCCGAGCAGCUCGGAACCUUCGCUGCCCACCAUGGAUCCGGCCAUGUGUGGUGAAUGUGUCGAUCAACAUUUUCUGGGCGGACUCACUGGACCACAACUGAAUCUGGGCGUAGUGCCCACCUAUCAUGUGCACACGCCCACUCCAACGGCUCAUCGGCGACACAAGGCACAGUUGGGGCAAUCGGCGCCCCCUUUACCAACACAAUCUGUACUACGACUGUCGCGACAAUUGAGCGAGGAUGCACUGGUUGCAGCUGUUCCCAUAGCAGAGGCAAACGCCCAUCGGACGCAGCCCACAUCCAUAUUGAAGAAACCCAAAUUGGAGCGACGUCGGAUGUUUCACGAGGGGCAAUCAAGAUCGCUGGACUAUGAUGAUUUGCACACGAAGAGCUGGGGUCGCAGACGCAUACGCUAUGAGGAUGAGGUGGCACCACAUGAGCGGGAGGAAAUGGUGCUCAACUAUCCCAGCGAUGGACAAUUGCCGGCCUCGCGUCGCUACGGCUCCGAGACGAAUAUCCGACAAUCGUAUAUGGGCGCCAAUGUGGAUGCCGUGAAUCCGUUGAGUCACUCGCAUUUUCUGGUCACCGAUGACAAGAUCGUGACCAUCACCUACGACUCGGAUGUGGGCUGGACACGUCGCGGCGUUGCACCCUCCCUCUUUCGUGGACCGCAUCGUCGAGGCCUCGAUGCCAGGAAUCAUAUGUCACUAGAUCUGCAGAGGACGAGCCAGCAGAAGCUAUAUGGACCCGCUGCACCCUAUAUGAAGCGGAGGCGGAAUCUACCCCAUCCACCCAGUGCACAAAAUGCACACAAUUUCUCACCCAUGGAGGUGGCCGGAGUUGGAGUUGGUGUCGGUGUCGGCGGUGGGGGCGGGUCACAGAACAUUACACAACAACAGAACCACCAACACAAUCACAACAGUAGCCAACAACUACAACAACAGCAACAACAACAACAGUACACCAAUCACAAUAGCCAAGCAGCGAGUAGUGUUAGUGUUAGUCAUAACAACAACCACCAACAACAACAACAACAACAACAAUCAGCUAGGCAAAAAGGGAAAGAAGGCAUCGCUAUGAACGGAUUGAUGAUGACAUCGGAACAUCUGACGAAAUCUAGUAGUGGGAGCAAUAUUGGUGCUCCGGCUGCUGGUAAUAUCGUUGUCGAUGGUAAUAAUGCUAAUAAUGCUUCUUCUUCCUCUUUUGCAAAUCCCCCACAACAACAUCAUGGUGUCGCUAAUCAACCAAUUACAACAACAACAACAACAAAUGCAUCACCCAAUAAACGUGCCCCAUCAUCAACAUACAAUAACACAACAACAACAAACGACGCCAACAACUUGACCCAUGACGCAACACAACAACAACAACAACCACCAAAUACAUGCACAAAUCUCAUUACAAAUUCAACAACAACAACAAUAACAACAACAACUGCAACAAACACAUCGUCGAAUGCAACGAAUGCUGCUGCGGCAACAACAACAACAACGACUACAACAACAACAACAACAACAACGGCAAUAAUAAUAAUAAUAAUAAUCACAAUACCUACUAAAAAUAAUGCCAUACUCAAAGGUCGUAAAAGACGUAUGGGCUUUGGAAAGAAGGGUAAGAACUCGUUCACGGUGCAUCGCAGCGAAGAAGUGCUGCCUGGUGAUAUAACGCGAGAGUUGCGAUCAGCCGGAGGCCCGGGCGGUGCCGGUGGUGGUGCCGGUGGCGGUGGCCUCUCUCGUGGCUCGUCCUCUGAGGCGGACCCCAUUGAACAGUUUUUCGGCGAUGGCGCUGGUGGGGAAAGAUUUUCGCCUUCACUACGUAAUGAUGGAGCCCUCAAUGAAUUUGUCGAUGGCCUGGGACCCGGUCAAUUGGUAGGUCGUCAGGUGCUUGGCGCACCCUCGCUGGGUGAUAUACAGCUAUCGCUGUGCCAUCAAAAAGGCUUUCUUGAGGUGGAGGUCAUACGUGCCAGGGGCUUAACGCAAAAGGCCGGUGCUAAAAUGUUGCCCGCUCCAUAUGUGAAAGUCUAUCUGGUGUCGGGCAAAAAUUGCAUUGACAAGAUGAAAACAUCGAUAGCACGUCGAACACUGGAUCCUCUCUAUCAGCAGCAGUUGGUAUUUAAACAGCCUUACAAUGGUUGUGUAUUGCAGAUGACUGUUUGGGGCGAUUAUGGCCGCAUUGAAAAGAAAGUGUUUAUGGGCGUGGCACAGAUAAUGCUCGACGAUCUGAAUCUAUCGAAUAUCGUUAUCGGCUGGUACAAACUUUUUGGCACCACCUCACUGGUCAGUUGUCCCACUAAUAUAGGUUUAGGCUCUAGGCGCUCAUCAAUUGCCUCACUCGACUCACUCAAACUCUGAACUAAAACUAAAACUAAAACUCAACUCAAAUCAAACUCUCAACUCAAUAAGAACGUACAAAACUCAAAUCGAGAUCGACUUGCAGAUUGAAAUUUAUACUCAAAACACAAACAAAAAAAAAUAUAUAUAAAACACUUGCAUAUUAUAUA